AUGAUGGUCAGGUUAUUCACGGUUUUCGGCUUCCUUGUCCUGGGAUAUACCUCUGUUGCGAAAGCAAAAGACCCUGUUACCAGGACAUACUAUCAUCUUCAGGCGAAGGUAGUUGGUGCAGCUUCAGACAAAAGUGACGAUAUCAACACAUUAUUUGUCGGAACUCUCCAAAAUACUCAUUUUGCCAAUCCUGUAGCACUCGUCAAGAAACCCGAAGAAUGGUCAUGGUUUGACGAAGACGACUCACGACAAAUGUUCGCAGAUCCCAGCUGGUUAGAAUCUUUCUCCAUGGAAUUGAGAUUGCCCGUGCAACUUCCUCUUGCUAUUCAACUCAUUGAAUGGGGACCAGAACUUGCUUGGCAUAAGGAUGACUUCAACGUUACUGGGGGUAAAUUGACUCACGAUAAUCCCAUCUGGAGUAGCUGGCUUGAUACCAAGGUUUCUGAGCCAGCAAUGUUGUACUGGUUGGCCAAGGACUCAGAGCUACCCGUCGGCGACGAAAAAUCGAAAUGCCACGUUGUUGAUCUGAUGGUUAUGGAAUCUCAUGAAGAGACUCACGAGGAAUGGUAA